AUGUCAAAUAUUGAAGAUUUGAUUCAAGAUUCAGUGGGUUUUUUCCACAAAAUCUUCGAAUCAUUUCCGGUCUCCCUUUACACCAUUGAAAAUGAACCACUUCCGUCUACAAUGUUCCAUGAAAAUAUCCUUAAAUUUGAGUGGGAGCCACUCAAGAACCAUAUUCUAACAAUUCAAGAUAAAGAUUUUUUUAUUGACAUUGUUCUUAAAAGAUUCAUCAUAGAUUCCAUGACGAAUGCCAUUGAGGGUGGAGAAGAAAAUAAUCUUGAAAGAGGGUUGUUAAAUUCGUGUAUAUGCCUCGAUUUUGUAUAUUAUUCAAGAGUCAACAGAACCAAUCCGUCUAGCUGGGGAAACUCCUUUUUUGAAUUAUUUUCUACAACCAUUGAUCUGCUAAACUCACCAACUACAUUUUCGAAAUUUUGGCCCUAUGCUGAAUCGCGUAUUGAAUGGUUCAAAAUGAAUACGUCUGUUGAACCAGUAUUAUUAGGAGAAAGUAAUCUGAUUAGUUACAAGCAGCCGCUAUAUGAAAAGUUACGCCAUUGGAAUGAUAUUUUGGUGAAACUAGAAAAUAAUGAUAUGCUCAAUACAACAAAACAUUAUAAUAUGAAAUAUAAAAUUGAGAACUUUCUAUCAGAACUAUUACCUAUAAAUGAGGAAUCAAAUUUCAAUAGAUCCGCUUCUAUUUCAAACUCACAGGAGUCUGGUAGCAAAUGGAAUGGAUCAACAUCUGAACGAGAGGGUAGUCGUAAUUCCGAUGUUAUCUUCUCUGCAGACUAUAAUUUUGUGUUUUAUCACCUUAUAACUUGCCCAAUUGAGUUUGCCUUCAGCGAUGUAGAAUAUAAAAAUGAUGUUGAUAGAUCAUUAAGCCCUCUCCUUGAUGCAAUUUUGGAAAUCGAAGAAAACUUUUAUGGUAAAAUCAAGAUGAACAAUAAGACUAGAUAUUCCCUAGAAGAAGCUUUGAAUACUGACUAUUAUGCUAAUUAUGAUAUUAUGACCCCCAAGCUACCUGUGUAUAUGAAACACUCUCAUGCAAUGAAGAAGGACAGAAAUGAAUUUUGGACAAAUUUACAAAAUAUUAAGAAAUCUGGAGACUUUAUUUUUCGACCUACAAUUAUGGACAUUUCUUUAAAAAACACGAAUAGUCUUUAUAGGCAAUUGACUCAAGAAGAUAAUGAUUACUACCGCAAACAAUUCAUUUUGCAGCUAUGUUUUACAACAAAUCUUAUACGUAAUCUAUUUUCUUCCGAUGAGACAAAGAAUUUCUAUAAAAAUUGUUAUUUGAGGGAAAACCCCUUAAGCAAUGUUGAUUUUGAAAAUCUUGAUGAAACGAAUAAAAAGCGCGGUCUUAGCUUGUGUUCAUACAUCUGCGAGAAUCGUGUUUUGAAAUUUUAUAAAAUCAAAGACCCUGAUUUUUAUAACGUUAUUAAGAAGUUGAUGUCUUCCGAUGAAAUGUUUUCAGCUGCUAAGAUUGAUGGUUUCAAGGAGUUUCAAAAUUUCAAGAUAUCUAAAGAUAAGCUAUCGUCGCCUGAUUUCGAUAAAACUUUCAAAAAGUUUUCCUUUAUUAAGAUGGGGAGUAAGUUGAUCAACAAUGUCUGGAAAAUUGCUAUUGGUCUAGACAAGAUUGAACAAGAGGUAAAGAAGCCUGAGGGUGUGUAUGAAGCAGCCCAAGCGAAGUGGGAAUCAAAAAUUCCCUCCGAAAUUUCUAGAGGAGAAGCAAAAGAUGAAAUAAUCCGACAAUGGCAAACUCUACGCUUUUUGAGAUCGCGAUACUUGUUUGAUUUCGACAAAGUUAGUGAAAAUACCGGCGUUGACGGUUUGUUCGAAAAAUCAGCAAAAUCAGGAGCAUUAAAUGACGGUUUUAAGGAGAAACUCCUGUACAAAAUUAACCAGGAUCAUAGGAAGAAACUGCAAGACGCUAGAGAGUAUAGAAUCGGAAAAGAACAGAAGAAGAGAACACUGGAGGAAGAGGCAUCGGUAAGGCAAGAACCAAAAAAAAAGUCACAAUGUUUAGAUGUUACUUCACAAACGAAGGGAGAAGAGUUGAAAGGUAAAGAGACACCACGAGAACAAGAAGUGACAGAAGAAAAUUCUGAAACAGCAGGCAUGGGAUUUCCCCCACAAGAUGCUGAUGAUAGAGCGGUUAGUGAGAAGUCUGAUUUAGAAGGUACUGGAGUUCAACUAGAGAAUCCAAAGGCUGAAAAACAAAAUAUAACCGUUUCAGACAAGGAUAACAAUUCGCUUAGUCAAAUGAAUGACAUAAAUACACCCUUAGCAAAAUAUUAG